UGCUGCUGGCCUUGCCUCACCACCGCCAUAACGGCAGGACGUGCAAGGCGUCGCGAGGCUCAUUUCUGAGAGCUAAACUCAUGGAGCUUCAGUCGAAUGGUACGGUAGCAGCUGUUGCAUACGUGAAUGGUGGGGCUAAGAUGGACAGCGACGCUCGCGACGCCAUUCAGGAGCAGGCAGAUGCUGCGCCUGUUGCGGUGCGUGGGUCAGACGCACUCUUGGAGAAACGGCGAGCAGACAAAAUUCUGAUUGCGCGCAUGCUGGAUAUGGACGAGCCUUUCAUGACGGAGAAGAUGAUCCAGUUCUUGUCAGUUGAUGGAGCCUGCGAGUUGUACGUUACUUUCAUUUCACAAAUCGGCGAGGAGGACGAGGUACGGAAUAGCCCGCGUGAAGGCUGCGAGGGAUUGUUGUGCAAGCGACCGGAGCCUGGAGAUGAGGUUACUGAGGAGCUGAAGCGGUCGUUCCGGGCUACAAUGCUGCUGGCAAACAGUGAACCUUCAGAUAGUCACAGGACAUUCUUGGCAAAGAAGGCACGAGAAUUAACAGCUGCUGUUCUGAAGGUCUUUUGGCCGAGUGCAAAAGGGAGCUUGCACCACGCAUGUUGCGUGCUGGAUUACCUGCUGAGGUCGUAUGCAGACGAGGUCUUCGAGACAUUGGGACGAUCUCGUGAAUCGCUGGAACGACAUCUAGGACCCAUGCUUCGAUGGGCAGAGUACUCGCCUGUUUCUGAAACAAUGGUCAAACUACUCACCUUUCCGUCGGUGGGAGGCGCGGUGACAGGCGCUGCUACCUACCAGACAUCGGCACCAAGCAAGUGGCGGUUGUAUUCUGGUCUUGCAGACUGGCGGUUUCUUCUGCGGGUUGCGGAGAACAUCUUCGAUCGAGAGUGUUCCGAUUCGUACGCCUCGGCGUGUGCGGACCUUCUCCUCGAGGUGGUGGAUCGACUGUCGUCCGACGACAAUGGGGAGUUGCUGCUUCAACCCAUUGGGUACUGCAAGGAAUUGGUUGACGGGCUGGCAGCCAUGGCGGUUGACCAAGGUCUUCCACUAGAGCGGCGGACAGAUAGCGCACGGACUCUGCUGGGAAUAACGCAAAAGGCAGCCGACGCGAAUAUCGUAUUGGUCAACGCACGCACGUCAAUGUAUGACUCGCAACCAAAAACUACUGUGGUUCCAAAUCGACUGAGCUCUGUGCGAGAGCUACUUCAUGAGCAACUACGAACCUGGUUGCCGAAGUUAUGCGUCGCAGUCUCCAACUGCGAUGACAAGGGUCCAGGCAGGCAAGCGGAAGAGACUUCGGAAGCAGUGGCACAUCCAGGGUAUGAAGUGAAGCGUCCGUUCACGAUGCUUCGUUAUGUCCUUGUCGGUAUUGUAUAUGAGAUCGUCAAUCGAGAUCCUCAGCAGCUGGAUGCCCUGCCAGUGGAGCUGUGGAAGGUGUUGUGCAGCUGGUUCUUCCGAUAUCCCCAUAACAACCUGUACCACAGCAUCUUCUACAAGCUUGUUUUCAAGGUGUUGAGAUGCAACAACAUUGGCGCAUUACGGAUGGUGGUAUCGAAGGGGCGACUGGUGGCGCAGCUCGUGGACUCUCACGUAGACGGCGAUAAGAGUGCUGGUAACAGGGGUUAUGUGCUGCAGCUCUGCAACGCCAUUCGCCUCCAGGCAGAUACAAUGCCCCCGACAGAGUUCCUUCGGAACUACCUCAACUCCCAUGAGCAGUGGCGCAAUUUCUUGGGAAGUCUCCGGGAGGCUACGCUUGAGCAGCAAAGGCCUGGAUUGGGCUUUGAGGUGCCCGUGGUGCCUCGGUAUUACGCAAACGGGCCGGAGACUCUGGGACAACAGCCGCUCCCAGAGGACGUAGGAAUCGACCAUGGAUCCGCCUACGCUAGAGCGCUCGGCUUUGAAGACGACAUGGUGUGGUUACCUGAUGAGCCCGUAGGAACUCGCAAAAAGAAGAAGAAAAAGAAAAAGAAAAAGAAGACGGGUGGGGCUGCGGGCAAGGCACGACCAGCGGACGACGAGAGGGAAGACGGAGAAGAUGACGGCGAUUUUUGUGACGCCAAUGACGCAUCAGAUGUCAAGGGUUUGUAAAUUUAUGCUUUCCCCACAAGCAGGAGCUGGCAGUUGGAUUAUUUUCUUCCCGAGGCGUUAAGUCCGAGCAAAAUUGCACUGUAGGUGUUUUUACGCGCCCGAUAUGCUCCCCGAGCUAUCCAUUGCGCUGUCUCUGCAGGGCAACCUGAAGAAUAGAUCUAGAGUAAAAAAUCCACCAUCGUUCCGCACAGGAAAAUCUGGUCACACUUGUCUUCCGCUUGCGCGAAGACUCUCUCUUUGCCAGCCUCAUGCACUUCGACGUGCUGCAGGGUCAUAGAGUGCAAGUUUUGUAAAGCGUGAUGGAGCUAGGAGUCUGGGCGCUGCGAUAUGCGACGAGCCAAGAGACAACCCCACAGGCUGCAUAUGAAGAAACCCUCGCUCGUGUGUCUUCAUCACCCCUUUGCGGGCGUGUUGUCGAAUUGUCUCAAUGUCGUCCCUCGGCGGAAUGAAUGAUGCUGCAGAUGGUCCUUUUUGCAAGGUGGACACACGUGAGAUGCGGCUGUGGUCGAACCACCGGGAUUUUUUCUUGUGAGAUGACUUGCAGCUUAAAUGACGUUUUUUGUGCAAGGUGCGUCCUUGACGUGGUAUACCGCCCCCCUUCACUUCAUUUGACAUAUAGAGUUCCACGCGAUGAUUUUUCGGUUGGAUCGAACUGUCCUUUGCCAGUCUAUAUUAGUGGGGCCUGCUUGGAGGAUACACACACGCCCGAGCGUGCUUUAAACAUGAAAACGCCCCUGGUGUAUUUGGUGAGUGGAUGAACAUCACACGAUGACCCGAUCCCACACCCAAGAAAAUAGACAGGGGUACAGAGGCAAGUUACCUAAUCAUCGUUUACUUCGGUGGUGCUUUUGGUCCGCCAGCGCAGCAAUUGAAUGAUGACAAGUUCUUGCGCAUUGCAAGCUCAGACUAUCUGAAGUUCGGGCUUGGCAGCAGUACGAGCUCAAGAAGUGAAACGUUUUGUCCAAUACGAGUGAUGUGGAGCAUCCUGUAUAGUGGAAUACACUGCCUACAGGCGGAGUAGAGUUGAGGCGGGUAUUAAAGGCCACGUAAGCCACCCCCUGUGCUAAGAGCUCGUUCUUGAGC